AACGGUGAUAUUUAAUAUACGAGAUAUAAAUGGUAAAAUAAAUACACUAAAAAUACACAGUGAGGGAUGAAUUUUCAAAUGAAUACAUGUUACGUGUAGUAACUAAAGAGGCGCUAUUGGUUUGACUGAUGUGCGAUGUUACGUAUGGAUGCUGUGCGUAUGGUAUGGCCACGCAUAUGUACUAGAGGUUAGUAGACGAGCAUGAGCAGACGCGGACGAGUUACAUGUCGGCAAAAGCAUCGAAGCGUAGCGGUGAUGGGUUGCUCUUUAAUCCAAGUUGAGUAUAUAGUACAAGCCCCAUUCUUCAGUGAUAGUACGAGAUCAUUUGUUUAGUAUCAGUGCGCAAGUGAUAGGCACACGAACUCAAUAGUCCAAGUGGUCGUAUUGAAUAGCACCAGGCCAAUACUUCGAUUGUACCCAAUCGCGAUGACACAGCAGACCCUCAUAACCAGCUUCAACGGCAGUAGGAGUGCAAGCGCGGGGACCAAUCCUAGUACUAAUCCCAGGCCUGCAGGUCCUGAUAGAGGAGGCACCGGACACUCUAACUCCCACUCGACCCCUGCCAAACAGCCAGCUAAAGAUACUCAAGGAGAUGGAAGGGGAAGGGGGAGAGACAAAAGUAGUGACACAGGUGAACGCAGCCAGUCUCAGUCACGCGGCGGUAGGGGUAGGGGCAGGAAUAACCACGGAAACAGGUGGCGAGGCAGAGGAGGUGCACGUGGUAGGGGUGGUGAGAGUGUCAGUGCACGUGGACGGGAACAGAAUCCGGGAAGCGGAGGUGGAAGCAGAAAUGGGGGGGGAGAUGCUCGGUACAUAGAUCGGAGCCAGAGACAGCCAGAGACCGAGACGGGAACGGAAGGCACGAGUAAGGGAUACUACUGGCCAGCUACCAUACGGCCGGCAAGCGGGGCUGAUAACGACGAUGGGCCGUUUGUUGGAUGGUCGUAUUACUUUCCGCGGCAGUCCUGGGAGACGUGUAGCUUCAUCCCUCGCAUCCACCAGCUGGUCCACUUCUUUACUCGCCACCAUGACAUGAUUGUCGAGAGAGAUAUAUACGAGGAGAGCAAGUGCUGCAUCGAUUUUGCAGAGCUAAUGGAAUACAACGAAGCCGACGCUCCAUCGGCGGAGGAGAUUUCAGAAAAGCCUGACAAGAUACUGCCGAUGGUUGGAUUAGCAAUUCACCAGGUGGUGCAUAACUACUUUCUAAGCUACGUCUCCGCGGCCGGCCUGCAGAAGAUCGAGGUGGUACUCUACAACUACACACCCAUGACAUCGCUGCGCACUCUCACAUCGAGUUCUAUUGGCCGCUUUGUGAGUAUCAAAGGCACUGUGGUGCGUGUGAGCAACAUCAAGCCCAGGGUCACAUGUAUGACCUUCUCCUGCCCGAUGUGUGGCGAAUCUCAGGCCCAACUCUUCACGGAUGGUACCUACGAAGUGCCCCAGACCUGCUCAACCUUCCAAUGCAAAGGAAAGAAAUUCGAGCCGGAGAGGACCUCGGCCGAUACGGUCACCACAGAUUACCAGACGAUUCGGAUUCAGGAGAUGGUAUCGAACAACAAAAAGGAGAGUGGACGCAUUCCGCGAACAAUCGAGUGCGAGCUGUCGGGCUGUAUGCUGGACACAGUGACGCCGGGUGACAUAGUGCAUGCCACUGGCGAGGUGAAGGUGACCAGUGUGGACGAAGGAGCCGGCAGGAAGAAGAACAAAUCGGCUAUGUACCUGCUCUACAUCAGUAUCAACAGCGUGACGAGCACCAAGACCAAAACAAGUAACAAGAUAGACUCGUCGUCCGGGUUUUCCAUGGCGGAUCUCUACGGCAUUGAAGAAAUUCAAACUCAUGAACAGCUCUUCCGCCUACUGGUACACUCCAUUUCGCCUUCCAUAUAUGGCCAUGAGAUGAUUAAGGCGGGCCUUGUUCUGGCUCUGUUCGCGUCCGGACAGAAAUUUGCAGAUGAUAAAAAUAGAAUUCCCAUCCGCGGCGGAACACACGUACUCAUUGUGGGCGAUCCAGGCUUAGGAAAAUCUCAGAUGCUGCAAGCUGUUUCCGACAUUGCCCCACGCUCUGUAUAUGUGUGUGGAAAUACGGCAACCGCCGCCGGCUUGACUGUUUCGCUGGUCAGAGACGGUAGUGGAUCAGGUGACUAUGCGCUGGAAGCAGGUGCUUUGGUAUUGGCGGAUCAAGGGUGCUGCUGUAUCGACGAGUUUGAUAAGAUGGGCACCGAUCAUCAAUCGCUCCUAGAGGCUAUGGAACAACAGAGUAUCAGUAUCGCCAAAGCAGGUAUUGUGUGCACGUUACCGGCCCGAACAUCCAUUAUCGCCGCGGCGAAUCCUAUCGGGGGUCACUAUAACACGGGACGAACAGUGUGCGAAAAUCUGAAAAUGCCAGCGCCUCUGCUCUCCCGUUUCGAUCUCAUUUUCAUUCUUCUUGAUAAGCCGGACGAGGAGAUGGAUCAGGUG